AGCAGCGGUAGCAGCACUCAGGUGAACGUUCGCGGGUGGGCGAGAUAGAGAGAGAGAGAGCCGGCCAGGGAGCAUGAAGAGCUGAGUUUUCUUACCUGUUUAACCUGCUGCUCACGUUCAACCUGGUAGCAGCAGCGAGCGAGUGAGCGCCGAGCCGCGAAGCCCGCGAAAAGAUAUUCAAGCUAACUACCAAAACUCGAAUAUGUCAGUCUGCGAGGCCGCUUCGAGCGCUAAACACAUGCGCUGCUAACCCAAUCCGAUUGCGAAUUGUUAACAAAAUCGGCCGAGUUGUACUACCAAUUAGCGGUGAUCUCUUAAAUUCAAAUGAGGUGAAAGAAAAGUGGUCGAAAAAAAAAAACAAAAAAGUGAAAACUUAGCUGGAAUGCAACUGCAGAAGUCGCUAACCACCUAGAUGUUAAACAGCCCCACCCACCCACGCAGCCCAGCCCAGUCCAGUCCAGUCCAGUCCAGUCCAUUGAGAUUCCUAGCGCACACAUGCCGCUGGUAGAGUUUUAGCCAAGAGCGCCAAGUCACCACCAGCAGGAGUGGACCGGAGUGGAGUAGCAGGUUCGAGAGAUCGGUGGAAAACCAACAAAAAAAAAAACAAACAAACACAGGAGGAACAAAGCAAACCAAAACAAAACAAGCGGAGCACAAAAGCGGCAGCGAAAUCAUGAAUCAAACGCAAGUGAAUAAUUUUCUCAAGUGCUUCCUGCAAAUCGAUGAGCCCGUUAGCCACUGGGCAUCACCCCGUCACGACGACAACGACGACGACGAUCACGACCACGAUCAUGAUGAUGAGGAGGAGGAUUCGAGUAGCGUGUUGGUGGCGAAGGUCACCGCCAUGGUGGUUCUAUGCUGCGCCAGCACCAUCUGCGGCUCCAUACCCUUCCUGCUGAACCGUUGCUACCGCUGGACGGAGACCCAGACGAAUGCCCGGUCCGCAACGGUGGUCAAGUGCCUGCUCUACUUCGGCGGAGGAGUGUUGCUGGCCACCACCUUCCUGCACCUCCUGCCCGAGGUCCAGGAGGUCGUCGAACAACUGCAGGAGUGCGAAAUCAUCGGGGAGCUGAGCUUCCCGCUGGCGGAGCUGCUCAUGUGCUGCGGCUUCUUCCUCAUGUACUUCAUCGAGGAGGCCAUGCACACGUAUGUCCACCACCACCAAAAGGACGAAGCCGGUGCGGCCUUUGAACGUGGCCACAGCAUCCGGAACAGUCACCUGAUGAAGCCCACCGAUGGUGCUACUGCCCCUCCCCUUCCAUCCGCCCAGCAGUCCAGCGCCGAGCUGGGAACCCUUUCGGUGCAGAACCUCCUGCAGAGCGAUCUGGAGCAACAGAAGUUUCAGAAGGCCCAGCCAAACGGACACAGUCACAAAAACAACGGACAUGGACACAGUCACGGACACGGACAUGGCCACAGCCACAUGCCAGUGAUCGCGGAUGAUGCCUCCGCAGGAGACAUGCUGGCCUCCUCCCUGCGCGGCCUCUUCAUCGUGUCCGCCCUGUCGCUGCACGAGCUCUUCGAGGGAAUGGCCAUCGGCCUGGAGGGAACCGCCAGCAACGUGUGGUUCAUGUUCGGAGCAGUGUCCGCCCACAAGCUGGUGCUGGCCUUCUGUGUGGGCGUCGAACUGAUCGUGGCCCGCACCCGGACGACGCUGGCCGUCCUCUACGUCCUGACGUUCGCUGUGGUCAGCCCCCUGGGCAUUGGCAUUGGCAUCCUGAUCAACCACGGCCAGGAGACGUCAGGUCCCAGUCUGGUCUCGGCCAUCCUGCAGGGCUUCGCCUGCGGCACUCUCAUAUACGUGGUCUUCUUCGAGAUCCUCUCCAAGAAUCGGUCGGGACUGCUGGCCUACCUGGCCCUCUUCGUGGGUUUCUGCGUCAUGUUUGGACUGCAGCAGCUAACUUCCGGUGGCGGACACGGCCAUAGCCACAGUCACAGCAGCUGCUCCGGCCAUACGCACGAACACACCCACGAGACUGAGACCAGGUCGAGCUCCGGUCACGCCCACGCCCACGCCCACGAGCACGAUCACACUAAUCCAUCCGCGCAUCACAACCACGCCGAGGAGCUGGCCGCUGUCCAAAAUUACGAGCAGCAGCUGCAGAUCCUGCGGCAGGUCACCCAAAAACUGCUGGAGGCACAUCCCAAGAAGGACGUCUAGAUUGUAUCUGCCGAGCAGAAUCUUGAUCUUUUCUAAUUUCUAAAUUAAUUCUAAAUUAAUCCUUUGUAUUAUGAGCUGUAAAUUGUAUUUAUGUAGAAAUAAAAACUUAUAUUAAGUGAAUGUAUAAACAA